AUGUCCAACGCGCAAAAAAAAGUUUUCAUGACUCAAACUGAUGAUGACGUCAAACCGUCGAAAGCCGACUAUCGGAAUAUAUUGUAUCUAAUUAAACCACUGCUGCAACAGCAGUACCUCUUCUCACUGCUGCAUCCAAAUGUGGAUGCGCUUUGUGAUGUUGAGAUGCCCAUCUCAUGCGUGCGUCUAAAAGAGCUGGUUCCUCCUCGUCAGGAGGGACAGGGCGCAAACCGGGACAGCAAGGCUGGAGAGCAGCUACUGCCCAACUGAUUGGUGGGAUUUU